UGAAUGAAGGAGGGAAGAAAUGCCGGGAAAAGUUGCCGCAAAUCCCCUUCCUCCCAGCACUAAACAACCUGGUCUCGCUCAAUCGUUACUUUUUAGUGGUUCUCGGUUUCAAGGACACCAGAAGAGUAAAGGAAAUCGCUACGAUGUAGAGGUUGUUUUGCAGCACGUCGAUGAUGAGAACGCAUUCCUGUGUGGAUAUCUUAAGAUUAAAGAACUAACAGAAGAAUUUCCAACUCUUACAACUUACUUUGAUGGUGAAGUUAUAGGGAGAAAGCAUCCUUUUUUGACCAGAAAGUGGGAUGCAGAUGAAGACGUUGAUAGAAAACACUGGGGAAAAUUCCUGGCUUUUUAUCAGUUUGCAAAAACUUUUAAUUCCGACACAUUUGAUUAUACCCAACUAGACAACUUAGACUUUGUCUUUAUGAGAUGGAAAGAACAAUUUCUUGUACCGGACCACAAGAUACGGGACAUCAACGGGGCUUCAUUUGCUGGCUUUUACUAUAUUUGUUUACAAAAAUCUACUGCUUCRAUUGAAGGAUAUUAUUAUCAUCGUAGUUCAGAAUGGUUCCAAUCRCUUAACCUGACACAUAUUCCUGAUCAUAGUCAACCAAUUUAUGAAUUCAGAUAGACACCACCAGUUACAAACUGCACCUUCAAGUCCAUUUGUUUCUCUUUGGGAUCCCUUUGUAGUGACACAGGAAGCCCAAACUUUAAAACAUUUAUAUAUGCCACAUCAAUUAUAGAACUAGUUGGUAGGCAGUCUAAAACAUCUAAAAUGUUAAGAUAUCCGCAAUUAAUAAUCCCCCUUGCAGUUUAUGAGACUGCAGCUCCUUCUGGGGAAUACCUAGGGGUCAAAAGAUAUGCUUUUUCUAACUCUCUCAGGSAAGUCUUAAAUCAUUGUAUUUAAAAAAAGGUGCUUUUAAUUACGUAUAAUGGUAUAUUCAAGUGGACGAGCACCUGCUCUUAAUGUAGAAGUCGUAUACACAAAAUUAUUUAAUUUUUACUAUCAAAGAUGAGACUCGUGGAAACAUUUAUAAUCUUAUUUAGCUAUUAUUUCCUAGGAGUGUUAUCUUCGAUUUGAUAUAGUUGCGAGAAAACGAAACGUGUGCUAUUGAUCAAAGRAGAAAAAARCAAGUAGGUUUUGUAUAUAAAGUGAGAAUGAAAAAAGGAAAGAAGGUUAGUUCUUUUCACAAUAUUUGAAUUGUCUAGUGGUCAAACCAAGCUGCUUUCCGAAUUAUUGCUGUGUCAGAAUUGGUCAAAUUGUGUAAUAAUUAGUUUUAUUCUAAGUUAUUGUUGAAACAGCUAAAUGCACUUAUUAUGGGUCCUGUGCUUCAUUCACAAACCCACCAAUACCAAAAUCAAAUUAGGGAUUUUAUUCAACAAGUGUCAGYAGGUUUCAACUAAGGCAUGAAUUAUCMCUAUCUAAAGAUAAAAUCAUGCCAAAACACUCAUCUGAAAAGUCAUAAUCUUGAAUUUAAUUUUGCCACAUUAACUUAUAAAGUUUUCUUCAGUAUUACAGUGGAACUUGAUUAUGUCUUWGAGACGCAAAAGAGCAUUUUUGCAUCCAGUCUUUUUYUCYGCUUCCUUCCUGAGAAAGGUCUGGGUAUGAGAAUGGCAAAAGGGUUGCAAGGAAGGGGUGACCUACGUAGCACGCAGUUGAUGUAAUGUAUUCAUAAAAUGUAUUGUAUUCCAUUGYUUCUCAUUCUAUUGUAUUAUGUGUUUUGUAUUAUAUCUUUACAAAUAUAUUACAUCAACUGAGUGCUACGUAGAUUCUCCCRUUGCAGGAAGGAUUCUGGGACCAGUUGUACAAAAGGUGAUACCGCUAUCCCGAGGACAAUAUUAGUUAUCCACUCCAUAAGUAUUUGUCUGAUUGACAAGGCUAUUCACCGUCAGUACAACCAGCCCCUGUAAUAUAAUAUAGUAUCUGUGAUACUCUAACCAGUUAUUGUGCAGUGCUGUAGCUACAAGUUUUCAGUAUGGUCUGGUUUAUGAAAUAUUGGUCCAUUUGUCAGAGAUAACACUUAKUUUAUGGUGUUUUUUGAAAAGAGAGGGUGUUCCUUGUGGUUGAAAGGUAACCAACCAUAUAUGGUAGCUACAGUCCUAAAUAUGUUGAAAUCAGGAAUAAAGUAUUGUCACUAGAAGAAAUUACCAACACUGAAUAAAUUGUAUAGAUUUUUAGUCAAAAUACA